GGUAGGUAAGCUUAGUUUGCUAAAGUAGAACGUGACUAUACAUAUUGCUCAAUCAGUUACGUUCUAUAAGAUAAAUUCCUGUUAUUGCAAGAAUUCUGUUUCUCCUACGUCCGUUUUAGAUGCCCACUUUUGCCCUAAGGGUUGUUACACUAUGUAUUCUCGUGGCACUUGUGUCUUCUAGUUAUAAUGAGACUGCCAUACAGUUCAUGUAUGGCUCAGUUGCGGACUGGGUUCGUUUCAGUCCACGCCCAGACCUGAGCAACGCUUGCGGCCUCGGACUACCCUUGCGGAUUGCAUACUUCACCCGUCAUAGCGGGACGCUAUGGGACUGGACGGCUAUAGCAAAUCAUCUUGAGGUCCCAUGGACGCGUGUGAACCCUGGAUUUUUUCAGACGUAUGGCGUAAACACGACCAAAGCCAACAUCAUCUGGGCAGAACUGGGCCACAUGCUGUGUCACAUGGCGGACAUCCUCAUCUUCAGCGACACCAUCCCUGACGCUCGCCCGCUGCUGCAGGGCGGCUGUACGACACCCCUCAUCUUGCAGGUGACCAAUCGGUUUGAUUACGGGAUCAGUCCAUCGGAGCAAGACGCCUAUGUUCAAGUUAUGGCAGAUGCUGCCACACGCCCCCACGUCUGGUGGGUCGUCAACAACCCCUAUGAGGCGCUUUAUAUCGACAAGCGAGGCGUCAAGCUGCCACAGGAGCGGUUGAUGCUGCUGCGGCCCGUAGGGGUGUGUCUGCUGCCUCCCACCCACCUGCCCAGCCCGGACCAGGCUCUGGUAGCGCUGGUGCAGCCGUCGGGUCCCACACACCUGGAAAAUACCUUUAUCACGCCUUGGCUUAAGAGCCAAUCGCUAACAGAAUACGUUAGGCUGUACCACCAGCAUUAUGGCGGACCGUCGGUGCUUGCACAGCACCGCGGAGUUAUCUCCAUCCCCUACCAGAUGUCGGUCAUGAAGAUGUACGAGGGACUCUCCGCCGGGGCUGUGUUCGUCAUUCCCAGCCCCUCCUUUUUCAAGAAGCUGGCCGGGGAAAUGGACGACAGCAAAAUGGUCUUCUGCUGCAGGGACGUCCUCCGGGACUAUCCGGACAGCUGGCAGGACUACUUUGACUGGUAUCACAAGGACUUUAUAAACGCGCACAUACUCUUCGACAGCUGGGAGCAGCUGGCAAACCUAAUAAAAGACCGUGAGGGCACUGGCAAGCUAGUGGAGGAGAAGCGUGUGGUCGGGAAGGAGGCCAUGCGCCUUUCUAGGCAGCGCACGCUGGAUGGCUACAGCAGCCUGUACCGCUCGCUCAGCCAGCAGGCGUGCGAGAGCAUUGCGCAACCGGACGUGUUGUCACUGGGUUACAAUGCGGAUGCCGGGGUGUGAACAGAACCCCUUCCGCACCUUUUUGCGUGUCGGCUGAUGCCGGUAUAUGCUUAGUGCAUCACAGCUGAUUAGGGGUUGUGCAAUAUGUGUCACCCCAUGACAUCAAUCCAGGCGCUGGUCCCCAACUACUUUUUCAACAAUUUUGCAUGCGAUGCAAAAGAACGUGUUUGUCGUACAGCGAUGAGUCUUACGUGUCGUACAUUGUCAAGUCUGUCGUUUUGCACGGUGGAGUCUGUCGUACAUCGUCUGUCUUCAAGUGUAGAGUGAGCUAAUUGGGCCGCUUUGGCCCACCUUUAUCCAUUAGGAGCAGGAAGCGCACGUGGGCAGUCCGUUGUUGUCGAAAGGGAAGAUGCUUGGGAGAGUGCGCACAGGAUGGUUGCAAGGUGCGAUCCGGGGUGGUUAUCUAAGGUGCAACUAGGGCAACUUUUUGUUGUGCCCGCGCAAUGUGGGACACCUGACUUGGGCUGGGGUGAUUGAUGAAAGGCUGCGUAGGCAACCGUUGAUAGCGGACAGGUAUGGGGUCGCGGUACAGAAUGGCUGCAACAUCUUGAAUUCACCGUAAUUCGCCCUGGAGGGUAUUGUAUUUCUGUUUGCCUGUUUCCUUCAUCUGCCGCAACAAGGCAAGCCCUCAAAUUUUGGAAAACACCGCGACCAUGGGCCGUGAUGGGCCCUGACAAGGCAGGGCGGCUCCCUUUCUUAUCAUACGUAUAUGUUGCAUUUGCGUGAUUUACGUCCUUCGUUGCUAGCGAAUGGAUCCAAACCUGAAACCCUCGCUUGCACAUGCAAGCUUUCCGCUUCUGGCAGGUGGCACAUGCGGCUGUCCAGGUAGUAGUACCGGUGCAUAGCUCUUUCGGAAGUUAUGAAGCGGCACACCCAUUGUGUCUGCCACCGGUCGCAGGAGAUGAGCGUUUGGUGGGUGAUUUCACGAUUCUAGGACGGCAACUCCCAGCCUGACACGGUUGGUGAUGGCGGUAAAUGAAUGGUUGUUAAAAUGAUUGGUGUCAACUCUUGCCUACCCGCCACUUGCGGGGUAGUCCGAACUUUAACCCAAGUACGGGUAUUGAUAUUGGGUCAAGCACUCAAGCCAUCAUUACUCCGCGUUUGGACGGGUCUCUUGUGAGGACCUGCAUGGUGGUUAGAUGAACUGAGCCGCGAUAAACACCGACCGUGACAUACCGCAUAUAUACCAAGAAUGAUGACGUCCCAGUUGGGGUCUCUAUGACAGACGGUUGAAAGACAUCGAAUGUUGGGCUUGGUCAACGGCUGUGUUCCCCCAGAGGCGUUGAGGUUGAGGGUGACAGGGCUAGGUAGGUGAACGCCCCGUUGCUACACCUGCCGAUGCGGUGGGUAUUGGCGCUCAGGAAUGUGAUCAGAGUAGCUGGUAACUUUAGGCUAGGAACCGAAUGAAUAUAUUCUGUUG